CUGUAACUAUUUAGUUUCAUGAAAUUUAUUAGUAAAUACGUCUAAAAAUAAAAUCAAAUUUAAUAAAAAUGCAAUUAAAAUACAUUUUCUACUUAUAUUAUUAAAAGUUUUGAUUAAGCUUUGUUCACAGCAUUAGGUGUAAUUUCCAAAAGGUUUAAAUAUUAAUAAAAGUUCUUUGUUUUUCAUUUUAAAAAUACAAAUAUUUUGGUUAAAAUCACCGAAUGCAGCUACACAUUGAAUCCUCUUCAAAAAUUCAAAUACAAAUACGAAAAUUGCCCUAUUGAUAAACAAUCGAUAUCCACUGUCGUGAGCCCAGUCUUCAACUAUCGAACGCCUGCGCGAAUCUUCCGGGCGAAUGACAAUCGAGAGUCACACGAGAAGAAGAAGCUGCGAAAAGAAUUUUAGAAGAAAGCAACUGCAAUUUUGUCAUAAUCGAAGCUGCAAUUCGCAAUGAAUAAUGGAAACUAGAAAGCCCAGUUCCGGUGAUGAGAUAAAGCCAGAGCUGUACUUCCUCAUCUCCAAAUUCCUGGCUGCGGGGCCUCUAGAGGAAACGGCAAAGGUCUUGAUCCGGGAACUCGAAGAGAAAAAGGUUUUGCCGCGUCGGCUCGAUUGGCAGGGAAAUGAGCAUGAACAAACCUUUGAGGAAUUGGAACGAAAGUACAAGCACAUUGGCACCAAUCAUCUGCUCGAAAUAUGCGGCCGCCUUGGUCCACUGGUGGAUCGCGAACUGCCGCCCAGUGUGCCAGGGAUAAACUCGCUCUUGGGUACAGGGCGCCAGAAUCUCCUGCGCUCCAAGGAAACCGUUUACUGCCACCGCUCUUUGAAGGACUAUUGCACUCGCCUUCAUGGAGUUUCGCUGCCAGAUUCCUGCCUGACCAAGCCUACACAUAACCUGGAUCGCGUACUUACCGGUCGGGAGCAUGGUGGAGAUGUGCGUCGCAAGCUGCUCGUGCCCACGGAUCUUUAUCGUCGAACAAAACUGCUCCGACGCACUGUGGGCCAUCUGUCUUCAGUUUACUGUGUGCUCUUCGACCGCACUGGCCGCUACAUCAUCACCGGAGCCGAUGAUCUGCUCAUCAAGAUUUGGUCCGCAGCAGAUGGUCGUCUGCUGGCCACGCUGCGGGGCGCCUCAUCCGAGAUUACGGAUAUCGCCAUCAACUUGGACAAUACAAUGCUAGCAGCGGGAUCGUUGGAUCACAUCCUGAGAGUAUGGGAUAUGCAGACUACCUCGCCCAUCGCCGUCCUGUCCGCCCACACAGGCAUGAUAACGUCGGUAAACUUUUGUCCGUCGCCGCGCAGCGAUCUUAAGUACCUGGUGACCACCAGCACCGAUGGAUCUAUCGCCUUCUGGCAGUAUUCAACUCCGCGUGGGCAAAAGAUUACCUUUGCUCCGAAACCAACUCAGUACCACGAGAAGCUGCGACCCGGACAAGCCCAGAUGAUGUGUACCACAUUCUCGCCGGGCGGUAUUUUCCUGGCCGCUGGCUCUGCCGAUCACCAUGUCCGCGUUUACAUGAUGGGUGAGGACGGACCGAAGCGGAUUUUAGAGACAGAAGCGUACACAGAUGCAGUGGACUCUGUUCAAUGGUCGCAUCGUGGCCUGAGAUUCAUCUCCGGCAGCAAAGAUGGCACCGCACACAUUUGGACGUUUGAGUCGCAGCAGUGGAAGAGCGCCAAGCUCUGUAUGACGGAGCGUUUACACAGCUGCCCAGAACCGGAGGAGGGAAAGAGGCUAAAAGUAACCAUGGUAGCCUGGGAUGCUUCGGACAAAUACGUCAUUACCGCCGUUAACGAUUUUACUAUUAAAAUCUGGGACUCGAAAUCAGCCAAGCUGCAUCGUGUUCUGCGAGGCCACAAGGAUGAGCUAUAUGUGCUUGAGUCGAACCCAAGAGAUGAGUAUGUCCUGCUCUCUGCCGGCCACGAUGGCCAGGUGUUUCUAUGGGACAUAGAUCAGGGCGUUGUUGUGGCCAACUUUCUUAACGACAUUGAUGGGCAGGGCCAUGGCAGUGUGUUUGACGCAAAGUGGUCACCGGAUGGCACAAUGAUAGCUGCCACCGACUCGCAUGGACACAUCUUAAUAUUCGGUUUAGGCGUGUGUAUUGAAAAGUACAAAAUGCUGCCCACUGAGCUGUUUUUUCACACGGAUUUUCGGCCUUUGAUACGGGAUGCCCAGCAUCAUGUAGUGGACGAACAGACACAAAUAAUGCCACACCUAAUGCCACCGCCUUUCCUCGUCGAUGCAGAUGGCAACCCGCAUCCUUCAAGGUUUCAACGUUUUGUGCCUGGUCGUGAGAGCUGCAGCUUAGACCAAUUGAUUCCAAAUCUUACGGUUGGCGUGGAUGGCGUAGUAAUCGACGAUGGCGGUGCAGGUGGUGAUGCUGCUGUAGCUGCUGCACCUGCUGAGGCCCCACCUGCAAUAAUGGCCCCAGCUGCAGCUGGAGGAGCAGCUGGAGCUAAUUAUUCCCAUAUAGACCGCAUGAUUGCAGCCCUGGCCAAUCGACAGUCGGUUAAUGUCAAUGCUAACGAUGCGAAUCCGAGUAAUGGCAACCAGUCAUUUGAACGUUUGACCAAUCGUCAACUACCCGAUUCCAAUGGCAGGCAAGCUUCCCGCGGCAAUGUUCUGGGAAGUCGUCUAAGCACGCCUCGCCAAGGAUGGGGAGCUGCAGCGGCUCCUCUAGCUGAAGAUCAACCUGGACCGUCGCAACCACCAGCAGAGGCAGCAGAACCUGGUAAUGCACAAGCCCAGCAAGCGCUCCCCCUGAAAUUCAUCCGACGCACCUAUGUGCGUCCCAUGAAGUACCCUCAGUUACAGAACCUUAAGCAGACCAUCUACUCUGCUGGUCAGUUUGAGAAACAGGAGUACAAACGAGAAAUGCGGCGCAGACCCAUUAUGAUAAACACUGCCAGUGCAGCAUCUUCGCAACAGCCAGGAAGCGUGGGAAGACCGCGGAACACGCGAGCCAAUGGCGGCGGCGGCGGCGGGGCAAGAGCUGGACGAAGACGUGGCGCCCAGCCGGCAGCCGGACAACAGCAACCAGCUUAUCGCACACGUGCUGUACGCGAUCAAGAGCCGGAGCCCUUCGAUGAGGUUGCUCCGCAGCCCGAAGAGGAAGAGGAAGAUGUAUCCAGCAACUCUUCCGGCGACACAAGCUAUUCGAAUGUGGAGGAAAACCUAGAGGACAGCAGCGAUGACUCAGAAACAGACAGUUCCGACUACUCUGAUUGGGUAGCGGACACGCCCGGACCAAAUCUGGAGCCCCCGAAGCGCUCCAAGCGAAAACCAUUGUCCCGACGACCACGCAGUAGCGAUGACAGCAGCGACGAUGAACGUGCGGGCAGAGCCAGAGGUGGACAGGUUACGGCCCGAAAAGUAGGUCGGAAAACCGUUCUGUUUCCGCCCACAGACGCUAAUGGAGAGAUACCGGAGUUGUAUAGACCUGCUGAGUGGUUGUCUGAGGUGAUUCCACGUAAGGCCCCAUACUAUCCCCAGAUGGGCGACGAAGUUGUCUACUUCCGACAGGGACAUGCCAAGUACUUAGAUGCAGUGCGUCUGAAGAAGACCUACAAACUGUCGCAUAGCUCAGAGCCAUGGAAUUUUCACACACUGCGAGACCACGAGCUUGUACGUGUUAUUGGAAUCAAGUACGAAAUCCGACCACCCCGAUUGUGUUGCUUAAAGCUGGCCAUCAUAGAUGAGGAAGGCAAUAUGACAGGAACGACGUUUAAGAUUAAGUACCAUGACAUGCCUGACGUUCUGGACUUUCUAGUGCUGCGCCAAACUUUUGAUCUUGCCGUGCAGCGCAACUGGAGCAUUGGUGACCGGUUUCGAUGCAUGAUUGUCGACGGUUGGUGGAUGGGCCAAAUUGAAUCGCGCCACGCUCUUUCCGCUGACUUCCCAGACUCAUCCUUUAUGUGUUUCCGCGUGCGUUGGGACAACGGCGAGUACGAGUUCAUGAGUCCCUGGGAUAUGGAGCCAAUCGACCAGCAAAGGGUGCCCGUCGAGGUAGGAGGUGCUGUUGACGUUUUGCCGGAAGAAAUACGCGCGACCUUAUACCAGCCAAAAUCCGAGGAGUGGCAUCGCGGGGAUCGGGAUGGCACCUGUAGGCGAAUAAUAAAUGGAUUAGAGCAGGUAAUGCGUCUCUCUAUAGCCGAGCAUUUCCUGGCCCCUGUCGACCUGAACAUUUAUCCAGACUACGCUUAUUUGAUCGAAUAUCCCAUUGAUCUGACCACGAUAAAGUCUCGCUUUGAGAAUCACUUUUACCGGCGCAUCACUUCAGCUCAGUUCGAUGUUCGAUAUCUGGCAACCAAUGCGGAGCAGUACAACCGCCGUCACGCGAUAAUCGUCAAGCACUCACGGAUUGUAACAGACCUUUGCCUGAGGAUCAUCAGGGAAGCAGAUGAGAUAGAUGUGGCUGCUGUUUAUCAUCAACUCGCGGAUGUGUACCACUCAUCCGAGUCGGAGAACGAGGCGGACUCGGAUGUAGUGCCAUCGACAAGCACAGGACCAACUACUUCAGCAGCCGCAGCAGCAGCACGGCAGAGAGUAUCUUCCGCCCGACGAUCCACUCGAAUUCACUCGGAAGGUGAUUGGCGCGCAGACUGUCGGCAACUGCUCGACCUGAUGUGGGCACGGACAGAUUCGGUGCCCUUCCGUGAACCCGUGGAUACCAUUGACUUUCCAGACUACCUGGAGAUCAUAGCUACGCCUAUGGAUCUACGCACAGUAAAAGAAGAUCUCUUAGGGGGGAACUACGAUGAUCCGCUGGACUUUGCGAAGGAUGUGCGACUGAUCUUCCAAAAUUCGAAGAACUACAACACCAACAAACGCUCGAGGGAUAAUAUAGCGAUUUAUGCUAUGACCUUGCGACUAUGUGCGCUCUUUGAGUCCCAUAUCAAAACAGUGGUCACCAACUGGAAGGCGGCCUGCAGGCGUGCCAAUAAAAAUAAAUCGGGCAGCAGUGGUGGAGGAGGACGCGGUGGUUCCAGCAGUAGUCCAAACAAGCGAGCCAACAAGGAGCGGUCCUCGCGUCGCAAUCAAAAAACGUCGGCGGCGGCCAGAAGAUUGCCACUGCCAAAUUCCAGUGAGGAUGAGGACGAAGAUGAUGACGACGACGACGACGAUGAUGAGGAGGAGGAAGCAACGAGGGUGCGCUCUCGUCGACGUAACGGUGUAGCCGUAAGUGCUAGUUCGUCUGGAUCUAACCGCGUUACUUCAUCAUCCGCCGCCCAGCAGCGUCGAAUUAAGAGCAGUAGUAGCGAGGAAGAAGAGGAGGAGGAAACCAGCGCGCAAGCCACUUCAGAUGCCAGCAGCGAUGAAGAGGAGAGAGCCCAGUCCAAUGAUAGUUCGCCUCAGCAGACACGCACGCGUAGGGCCAGGCAGCGGCAACGGGUAACCGAUGAAUCCAAUGUCAACGACUCUGAGGACAGCUAUAAUCCCAACGAAGGACGUAGUAGUCGCCGACGAUCGGGGCUCACACGCCCAUCCAGCAACCGGCAGAAAAAUGGACACUCCAGCAAACGUCGCCGGUAUAACAAAAGUCCAGGUACUAGUGCAGCUGCCGCUGGUUCGCCACGCCGGACGCGUCGCAUGAUAGGCAGUUCCGCAGAAGAGGCGGCUUCCCUAUCGCAGCACGAUGAGAGCACCCAGGACAGCCAAGUAGGCCGCAGAAAAGGUCGCUCGGCGAGCAGCAGAUCCCAGACAAUAGGCAAUGGACCGAGCACUAGUGCCGCAGCGGCUGCCAACUCUAGUCUGGAAAGUCCCUCUCGAAACACUCGGGCCAAUGGGAGUAGAGGUUCACAUCUGGCCGCCGAAAAUGAUCACAGUUACCACCUUCCUGUCCGCAACGGGCGUAUCAUCGAAUCCGAUACAGACUCUCCUGUGAUCAGGCCGACGCGUCAGAGCGCCAAGCGGGCCCUUAUGGAUUGGGGUCGUGGCAGCGACAUCGAAGAGGAGGAGGAAGAAGACAGUGAAGAAGCCGAAGAGAUCCUGCCAACGCCCACCAAGGACGACGUGCCGUCUACUAGCCGAGCAGCUUUGGCACAUGCCGCUGGUCCCAUCCGUCAGUUGCGGACAAACCGCAACACUGUCGUCCGUCCAGCCCAGAGUGACGACGAUGACGAUGACAGUGACAACGAGCCACUGGCCAAUAAUCAGCAAAAAGCACCUGCAAAAUCUAGCUCAACGGCGACAACAGCACCACAUCCGCUAAGCCUGAGACGUCGCAUGGCCUCGCCACCAGAACGGAACACUCACAUGACUCGUUCUCAUGCUACCUCUACGACUACCUCGGCCGCAACAUCUAGGCUAGAACAGCAGCCAGCUUUGUCCACCCACGACCACAAUUACCUGGGCAAUGUCAAUUCAUCGAGGGCACCACGACGUAUUCUGUCUCGUCAUCAACGCAACGCCGAUGAACUGGACUCCAGUCUGGAUGUCCUUGAAAACUCGCUUUUGCUCUCAGCCAUAGCCAAUCACCGGCGACCCACAUCAACCACAAAUAGCACUACCAAUAGUACCAGCAACGUUGUCACAAGACGUCUACGUGGACGAGCCAGUCAGGCGAACUCACACGACGAAGAGCCUGAGGAAGAGGAGGCGGCGGCGUCCGAUGAAGGCACCGACGGAGGCUCAAGCUCACAGAGUUAUGUGGAUGAGGAUGAAGAGGACUCGGACUCGGAAGACAAUCAGCCGCUUACCAGCUACGUCUCGCCAAGCAAUGGUCGCACGAGGCGAAAGGUGAAAACAUCCUCUUCUUCGGCGGCAACACAGGAGCGUCCGCAGCGGCGCACUCGUCGCCCGCCCUCCAAUAACUCCUUUGUAAACGACGAUGAUGAUGACGAUUAUGUGGAACCACGCAGUCGUCGUAGCAAUCGAAGUGGAAACCAGCGCACCGGUCGAAACCAAAAGAGGCCGCGUUACAAUGAGCAGUCCGAGGAGGACGAGGCGGCAGCAGGCUAUUCUCAUAGGAGAAAACGAAUCCGCAAUGGAGAUGUCCAUGCCAGCUCCCAGGAACGGUCGCAGGCAUCCACCGAGCGGGAGCAUGCGGAAGACGAGGAGGGCAGUUCGGUGGACUCGGAUGAUCAGCGGGUGAGCGUAAGCAGCCGGGGUAGAGUGCGGAAACCAUCUGCCAAGGCGCGUGGCAUCUUCAAGGAGUGACCACAGACUGUUUUAUGUAUAAAUUAAAUCUAAUUGCUAAAUCAAGAAACCAUUGUAACAUUUUCUAACGUCUAAUCUCUUAUUAUUGAUUAAUAUGUAAGAGAAACUCAUGUCACUUGUCAUUGUAACUUUCAGUGUCACCGCCACGGUCAUUAUACCAAACCCAACCCGUUAAAUCCCUCCCUAACCCUAAGCGUGGAGUGUUUAGAUCAUAUCCAUCAUACACAGUGACAGAAUAUGUUUGAUUUUAGUUCAAGUCUUAAGUUCAUUAUUGGCAUCAGCCCUACAUUCUAUGUGUAGGGGGCAAGGCCAAAGCAACGUUUUUAUAUGUAUUUCUAUAAUAUAUAGGUACUAUCAUACAUAUAUAUUAAAGGUAACACUCGGAAUCACACUUCAUUUAAAAUAGUUUUAGAAUAAAGUAUCAUGAAAAAACUCUGUA